UUUGUCAGAUAUAGCAUUUGUCCAUCUGAAGACUGCAAGCUUGGCUGGACAGCAAGAAUGGUUCCUAACACAGUCCGUGUAGCAUUUGGAAUUCUAGGUACUCCUCAUCUGCAUGUCCUUUCGAAGCCAUUUGUUUCCAUCAAUAUGGCUGUAAAACCAGCCUAUCUCUAUUGCAGGAAAUGCUGCUUCUAUGCUCCUCUAUGCAGCACUAAUAUUGACAUUCAGAAGAGUCAUAAAGAAGGGCAAUGUAGAGGAGUUCUCAUGCGUGCCUUACAUACUAGCUCUGUUCAACUGCCUCCUCUACACUUGGUAUGGGCUUCCUGUAGUGAGCUCCGGAUGGGAGAACAUGACAGUAUCUACCAUCAAUGGAUUGGGCAUACUGCUUGAGAUCGCAUUCAUCAGCAUAUAUGUAUGGUUUGCACCAAGAGAGAAGAAGAGGUUUGCCUUGGGAUUGGUGCUUCCUGUUUUAACGUUAUUUGGCUUGACAGCGUGUUUAUCAAGCUUCUUUGUCCAUACACACCAUAUGCGCAAGGUUUUUGUGGGUAGUGUUGGUUUAGUGGCUUCCAUAUCCAUGUACAGCUCUCCAAUGGUAGCUGCAAAGCAGGUCAUCACCACAAAAAGCGUAGAGUUCAUGCCAUUCUACCUGUCACUAUUUUCCUUCCUGUCCAGCGCUCUGUGGAUGAUAUACGGGCUCCUUGGGAGGGAUCUGUUCAUCGCGGUUAGUUCUCCGAACUUCAUCGGUGUUCCAAUGGGCAUCCUUCAGCUGGCGCUGUACUGCAUCUACAGGAGAAGCGACGGGGCAGCUGGAAAGCUCCAUGACACCGCCAUCGAUCAGGAGAAGGGUCUGAAAGCAGUAGUAGCCAUGUGUCGUAUCCCUAACCGCGACGAUCGCCGGCGACGUGAACACGAGCAAUCGGAAGAGCAGAUGCGAUAACUUGGGGGAGGGGAAGAACCCUGACCCCCACUCUAUUUCCUUUUCUUUUUCUUUAGUUCCAAAAUAUGUUUUACUUUCUACAAGGCAUGGGUAGAUAUACCCAGAGGCCAACACUGGCCGUCUGCCCACCACACACGCCUACAACGCACGUCACUGACAGCUAGGUCCAGCACACAUUCAUUCCACCGUGUCCGUCGCGUCGCGCGUGACACCUCCCCCCGCCGGAGAGACUGCUUGUCCACAAGCAGCAGAUGUAGGAAAUCUCUGGCGUAGCACAUUCAAGUCCUCCCAGGUCGCUGAAUCCGCUGGCAGGUGGGACCAUUUGACCCGUACUUGUCGAAUGGCAG